UUUUUUUUUUUACUUUUUUCUUUUUUUUUUCACUUUAAAUCAGAUAAUAACGUUAUUAUGGUAUCACAUUCUAGAGUAUCUAUUGUUGGAGCAGGAUCAGUUGGAGCUUCAGUUGCUUAUGCACUCAUGUUCAAAAAUAUUUGUUCGGAAAUAUUAAUUGUUGAUAUUAGUCCUGAUAUUGUUCAAGCUCAAGUUCUUGAUUUAGCAGAUACAGCAAGUAUAAGCCAUACACGUAUCCGAGAGGGGACAGCUCAAGAGGCUGGACAGACGGAUAUCAUUGUGAUUACAGCAGGAGCUAAACAAAGGGAAGGAGAAACUCGGAUUAGACUUAUCGAACGAAAUUACCGAGUAUUAAAGAAUGUGAUACAUAGUAUGCAACCUAUUCGACAAGAUGCCGUCAUCUUGAUGGUCUCUAACCCAGUUGAUAUCUUGACUCACAUUGCACGUAAAUUAUCUGGUUUACCGCCCCAUCAGGUGAUCGGCUCAGGCACUUACUUGGAUACAACCCGACUUUGUGUUCAUCUCGGUGACAUCUUUCAUGUCAAUCCUCAAUCUAUCCAUGCCUAUGUGCUUGGAGAACACGGUGACUCUCAAAUGAUUGCCUGGAGUGCUGCGAUGAUCGGCGGUCAACCGAUCCAAGAAUUGGCUGAAUAUAAAACCAUGGAUAAAAAACUAGUUUCAAGGGCCAUCUCAGGUAAAGCAAUGGACAUUAUUCGAUUAAAGGGGGCUACAUUUUAUGGUAUUGGUGCCUGUGCUGCUGAUAUCGUACAUACUAUUCUAUUAAAUAAGAGAACAGUUCAUCCUGUAUCUGUCUAUGUCGAGAAAUAUGGUGUUACGUUAUCUAUGCCCGCCAAGAUUGGAUGGGAAGGAGUCCAAGGUGUUUAUCAAAUAUCACUUUGUGAAGAAGAAGAAGAUAAAUUACAAGCCUCUGCUGAAGCACUUCGAGAAAUUCAAAACUUGUAUUAAAUAAUAUACUAAUUUAUUAUGUUAUACCCUUUGUAGAUUCUAUUCAUUUAAUUCUCAAAAAAAAAAAAAAAAAAAAAAAGAAAAAUAAAAAA